AUGAAAUCCCCCUUCUUCUUCGUCCUCCUCCUGUUCCUUAACAUCGCAGCAAUGGCAGCUAAUAAUAAUAACGAAGAUGAUCAGAAAACGUGGUGCGUCGCAAAGGCAUCGGCGGAGGAGAGUGUCCUCAUGGCGAACAUCGAUUACGCGUGCUCGCAGCCUGGUGUCGACUGCGCCACCGUUCUGCGGAAGGGAUGCCCCUGUUUCACGCCGGAUACGCUCCUCAGCCACGCAUCCCUCGCCAUGAAUCUCUACUAUCAGUCCACCGGAAGGAACCAGUGGAACUGCUACUUUGCCAAUUCUGGCCUCAUUGUCAUCACCGAUCCAAGCUAUGGCAGCUGCAUCUAUCAAUGAUAGCACUUAUGUUCAUUCUUCCAUUCACAUAUACUAUAUAAUAUAGAUCAUUAACUGCAAUAAAUUGACAUGCUUACUGUUUUGGCUAUGGUGGUGAGAAUACAAAUUCAAAUAUAUAUAUUUAUAUAUAUAUAUGAGAUUACAAACUAAA